ACGUGUUAAACGGGCACGUGUUAAAUGAGGAAUUACUGCAUAGUCUAUGUGUGCAUCCUAGCAAAUAUUCUUUGUCUCCAAGCUGUAGUUCUGUUUGUUGUGUUGCUUGUUAUUUAGAUCUGAAAGGCACUUCAAAUGUGCUAGCACUUAUGCAUCUAGUUGUUCCACAUCUCUUAGGUUUGGUUGGGAUGUUCCUGUGAUCCUGAGAAAUUCAGAAGAAACAGAAUCCAGUGUAAGAGUAUCCAAAAAGCAUAUGAGACAAGUGAAGAAUCCUUUUGGCUUAGAAAUUCCUCAUCCUGCUGCAGUUUCCAUAACAAAGGGUAUAACACUGACAGCUGAUUGCCUGGAAGACUGUAUCCUUACCUGUUACUGGGGGUGUAGUGUUCAAAAACUACACGAAGCUCUGCAGAAACACGUCUAUUGCUUCAGAAUAAAGACUCCGCAGGCACUAGAAGAUGCACUCUACAGUGAAUACAUCUAUCGACAGCAGUAUUUCAUUACAAAAACUGACAAGGAAGAAAAAUACUGUCAGUUGCCAGAAGAUGCUCAAAUUGCAGACUUUGGCCCAGUGCCUAGAUCUCGUUACCCGCUGGUAGCUUUGUUGACUUUAGCUGAGGAAGAAGACAGAGAGAUAUACGACAUUAUUUCAAUGGUGUCCGUAAUCCAUAUUCCAGAUGAAAGUUACAGACUUUCCUGCAGAAUAUUAUAUCAGUAUCUACUUUUGGCCCAAGGUCAAUUUCAUGACCUUAAGCAACUCUUCAUGUCUGCAAGCAACAGUGCCCCGCCCUCGAGCACUGCAUCUGGAGAGAGUAGCACUGACAAAAGCUUGCUGGAGAAGGUUGGGCUGGCCGAUGCUGAAUCAGAAUUACUUGAGGAAAACAGUAAAGACUGUGUCGUCUGCCAGAAUGGAACAGUGAACUGGGUCCUCCUGCCCUGCAGGCAUGCGUGUCUGUGCGAUGGGUGUGUGAAGUACUUUCAGCAGUGCCCAAUGUGUAGGCAGUUUGUUCAAGAAUCUUUUCCCCUGUGCAGUAAAAAGGAGCAAGAUGAACCCCCACAAGUUUUCCAGGGUGCUCCCCUCGGAGCAGACUUUUAGUGGAAAACCAAGAAGAAUCAGGUUAUACUCUCAAGUGGGCGAUGUAGAACCUAAAGCAUUUUCUCUCCACGGGAAGAUCUUCAAUGUAACUUUGUUAGUUGCAUUUUUUCAUGUCAAUGCGGCAUAUGAUUACUAAAACACUGCAUAUACCCUGGUGAUAUGGACAGAAGAAGUGUGUAGGAUAUGUACAAAGGGAGUUUUUUGAUAACCGCUUACUGGAUGUUCAUGAAGUAUUAGAGAUUGUGUUCACAUGUAGAUUUAGGUGCGCUGAACGUUAGAAAAGAAAAAAGGCUUUCUUACAACUGAAAUGAAAAAUACUUCUAUAUAAUAGAUAAAGAGGUUUCUAAAUGUAACGUCAGAAGAAAGUAUCAUUUUAAUACCAUAUAAUUUAGAUAAUUUAGCACUUUACAGAAUGAAAAAUGAAGGAAACAAAAUAUUUAAGAAUCUGUACUUAGAUUGGGUAUAAAUCUGUAUGUAUUCAUUUUGCAUUUGAGGGGCUUGGCCAUGGGAAAUGCUGAGCUGCUCAAAUCCAGUUGAAGUUACUGGGAGUUAAAGAUAUUCAGGACAUUAGUGUGUCUGCACCUCUUAUAUUUUGUUGUUAGUGCUUUGAAAGAGAUGUUCUGUUGCACAGGGUCUAAUCCAAAGCCCCUUGAAGUGACUGGAAAUAUUCCCAUUGAUUUCAGUGAGUUUUAAUUCAGGCCCCUACUAAGUAUCAAGCAGGUAGAAUGCCUAAGUAUGCCCCCUGUGUGUAGACUGCCACUUUGCACUCAUAGGGCUUUAAGUGUUGCUAGUGGGAAAGGAGAAGAAACUAAUUAUUUUGUAGUUGAUGUUAGCAGCAUGUCAUGUUCAUAACGCGGAGAGCCUAGUCUGUGAAGUUACCAUCUCUCCCAUACUUGUUGUUGAAGAAAAGGAGCUAGAAAACAGUCGUCUUUUGUCAUCAAAAUAAAUACAUAAAAAUGA